AACUGGAUUGUUUCUGCAGUGUGUUUUGGACCAAAGUCUCACUUCUUCUUCCGUAGAAAAGAUCACUCCUAUCCCCUGCCAACCUAAUUGUAACAGCAAAAACAAAGAUUUGUAGUACUUUGCUAAGUAAAAAUGCUGUCUAAUUUAAUAAUGUUGGGUUGACAGUAGCAUAUCUUCCUUUUAUAGGUUUGGUGAAUAUGUGGUCACAUAUGUAGAAGCCUGGUAGCUUGGCUAUUACCAGUUUGGCAAUUUUUCAUGCCCCGUGUCUCUAAACUGAAAGCUAAUGGUUUUAUCACCAUGCACUGAAUUAGAUUACGUAAUUUUUUGGGAGGGGAUUACUGCAAAGUGGAUUUGUAUUAUAGCGCAGCUAAAAUGACCAGUGAUGAGGGAUAAUGGGAGCUGCAGCAUGUGGAGAGUCACCAGUUGCUUCCUGUGGUGACUCCAUAGUUGAGGUACUGAAGUAGCAGCUACUGGAUCAGGCAAGAACUCAUUUAAUUUGAAAUAGGCCAAUGCUUUAUGCAUGUGUAAAUUGUCCUUGUUGUAAAAUGUAUAGCAGUUUGGCCACUGCAAGCCAUCUGGUGACCUAAAUGUGAUUUCUGCGUUUAGAGCAAUCGUAUGUCUAGAAAUAGCUCAAAGGGAUUGUUUAUAGGUUUAAUGCUGUAGUAGAGAUUUGAGUAUGAGGGAAUUGCUAAGUAUUGAAGUAUUAUGUAUCAUUUGUUCUGCAUCCAGGCUUUAAUAAAACUUAAUAAGAUCCUACUAGCCUCUGCUGAGAGCCAGUGUGAGCUUGAGCAUUGGACUGCGACUCUAGAGACCAGAGUUUGAUUUCCCAUUGGGCCAUGGAGACCCUUAGGCAAGUCACACACUCUCAGCCACAGAAAACCCUAUGAUAGGUUCACCUUAGGGUUGCCAUUAGAAACAACUUGAAGGCACCCAACAAUAAUAAGAGCAACGGCAAUAGCAUCUGCUUCCUCACUUUAGCUCCUGGCAGGAUUAUGUGCUUUGUUCCAAGUCCCUAACCGCUUUUUAAUUAGAUUAUUUAUUUGUAUAACUUGUUCUCUAGUAUUCAGCUGUAGAAAAAUGUUUAAUUUAAUAUCUUCUUGAGACACUAGCCAGGGCACCUGGAAGAAAAAGAGAUCUAGGCAGCAGCUGGAGAAACUGGAAAUAUACAGGAGACAUUUGGAAGAAAUCCUGAACUUUGCCCUGGCUCCUUGGAGAAAAGACCUUAUUCUGGCAGACCGUCUUCCCUGAGAAAUGCCCAGCUGUGAUGUUAUGAAAGUUCACACGAGAAGGACUUUCCUUUGCCUUACUAUGGCUAAAGAGGAAAUAGGGCAUGCGAUACUUCAGAGCCCCACUUUGAUACACUUUCCUUAAAGAGCCUCGUAAAUCAUGCCAGUGCCCAAUGACCUUUCUGUAGAGGAAAGAGAAGAGCUUUUAAACAUCCGCCGUAGAAAAAAAGAAUUAAUUGAUGAUAUAGAGCGGUUAAAAUUUGAAAUUGCAGAAGUUAUGACAGAAAUUGAUAACUUGACCAGUGUGGAGGAAAGCAAAGCCACACAGAGAAAUAAGCAAAUUGCUAUGGGGAGAAAAAAAUUCAACAUGGAUCCCAAAAAGGGAAUCCAGUUUCUCAUAGAAAAUGACCUCUUGCAGAAUACUCCUGAGGACAUUGCUCAGUUCCUUUAUAAAGGGGAAGGGCUAAAUAAAACUGUCAUUGGAGAUUAUCUCGGUGAAAGGGAUGACUUUAAUAUUAAAGUACUUCAGGCUUUUGUUGAACUCCAUGAGUUUGCUGAUCUUAAUCUUGUUCAAGCCUUAAGGCAAUUCCUGUGGAGUUUCCGGCUUCCAGGAGAGGCUCAAAAAAUUGACCGUAUGAUGGAAGCUUUUGCAUCACGUUAUUGUCUUUGUAACCCUGGCGUUUUUCAGUCUACAGAUACAUGCUAUGUGCUAUCUUUUGCAAUCAUUAUGUUAAACACUAGCCUUCACAACCACAAUGUAAGAGACAAACCAACAGUGGAGCGAUUUAUAUCUAUGAAUCGAGGGAUUAAUGAAGGUGGGGACCUCCCAGAAGAAUUACUACGGAAUUUAUAUGAAAGCAUUAAAAAUGAGCCCUUUAAAAUUCCAGAAGAUGACGGGAACGAUUUAACCCAUACGUUUUUUAACCCAGACCGAGAAGGUUGGCUGCUGAAAUUAGGUGGAAGAGUGAAAACGUGGAAAAGACGAUGGUUUAUACUGACAGAUAAUUGCCUGUAUUAUUUUGAAUACACAACAGACAAAGAACCCAGAGGUAUUAUACCCUUGGAAAAUCUCAGCAUAAGAGAAGUAGAGGAUCCAAGAAAACCAAAUUGUUUUGAACUGUAUAACCCCAGCCAUAAAGGACAAGUCAUUAAAGCUUGCAAGACUGAAGCAGAUGGCAGAGUUGUAGAAGGCAACCAUGUGGUUUACAGGAUAUCUGCUCCCACUCCAGAAGAAAAAGAAGAGUGGAUCAAAUCAAUCAAAGCAAGUAUCAGCAAGGAUCCCUUUUACGAUAUGUUGGCAACCAGGAAGAGAAGAAUUGCUAAUAAAAAAUAACACUAACAUUGGAAUCCUGUGGACCCAGCUAAGGCUAAGCUAAGCACCUAAGCUAAUACUUCAUUAAGCCAAGGUAAAGUUCAAAGAAAACAAGACCUAUAUUAGAAAUGUAGUCACUUUCCUACAGCAUAUACACUUUCUGUGACCAUUGAUGAAUAUACCAUGAAAUGCUGGAAGAAGCUUCAAGCACAUGGACAGAUCUUUAGGUGAACUUUACACUUGGAAGAAGUACGUGCUGUUUUAUGUGUGGCAGUGUUGUUGAACUGGAUAUGUAAUCUCUCCCUCUUGUUCUUUGAGGCCUUUGCUCAGGACUGUGACCCAUUGCUGAAUCUAGCAUUCACAACUAGCAAGCCAGUCCCCGUUUCCUUCCCUGGUUGCAGAUGUCUUUUGCUCUCCGUUGUUAAAAUCCGACUUACCUUUUGCAAUGCAGAGGCCUUUUGAGCCUAGAUGAUUUUGUAUACAGCUCACAUCCAGUCUGUGGUGCUUUCAUCUAGAGUCGGCUAGUCUGGCAGCUAUAUGAUUAACAGACCUUCUUCUCCUAAACAGCUGGCCAUGUACUGAAAACAUGAAACUCCCAAAGAUGAAAAGGCUAUAAACAUGAGCUUCAGCAGUAUCAGUGUAGCUUAUCUCGGGUUCUUAGAUGCCUUGGAAAUGUACUGUUUCUCUUCUCCAGAUGUUAGCCUGAAAUGUCUUUUCCAAAUCUGAGCUAUGUCUGGUAUCAUUCACUGUUUUAUAUGUUUGUGAAGACACACAACAGUUUAAUUUCAUCCCCUAAGAGACAACAUUGCUUUAAUGGCAUCUUUCCUGCCCAUGUGUGCAGAAUGCCACAGAGUUGUUCUUCAGAAACCAUCAGCUGUGGUUGAUCCCCUCAUUUAUAUCCAUUUACAAAUGUGAGUUUUUUCUUCUAACCUCCACUUCCCUGCUGUGUAAAUAUUAAAGUGUGUUGUAAAUAAGAAAGAUUAAGAAUCCAUUAUUUUGCUAGUGAUGAGAGAAGAGCAUGGAAGUGACCAGAAAUACCUGUGUUCUUAGACUGCAUUUUGCAGACUCUUCUGAAUCAUCUCUGGUUUUUAGCUUUUUAUUAAUGAAGAUGUCAGCGGACAGUCGCUUGUGAUAGCCAGCUGAGCAUUACAUGAUGCAUUUGAACCAUCUUUUGACAUCCUCAACUAUGCUUUAUGGUGCUGUGAAUGAGCAGUGACCCUAUUCUUCCCAUUUGUCUCAUGGUUUUGUCAUCCAAAGAUUGUGUGUUGUAUUAAAGCAGAGCUCCCCAUUAUAUAAAACAAAGGAACUCUGAUAUAAUGUUGGGUAACAAACCAGGAAAAUAAAUCAGGAUGUUGAAAGUUUUAGAACCAGUCCUUGUGCAGCUGCUGGAUCUCUAUCCUAGUCUCCCUCUUUUUUCCGGGAUGAUCUUCCUAAUCCUCUUUCCCCUUCUUACUUUGCUGUAUGUAUUUCCAAUGUUUCUUUCCCUGGGGCUCUAACUACUGUCUUUCCAUAGGUUUGGCAAGAAGUUUCACACUGUUUCCUUCAGGCAUGAGCAUACAUAUUUUUGUCACAGCCUCUGGAAGAGAAUAGUUUCCUACGUAAUAACAGUGAGCUCAGUUCUCUGAGUGCUAAUGCUGAUGGAGCCCAGGAGCAUCAUGGAUGUCCUCCAAAAAGGUAGCAUUGGGUUCAAGAAAGCACCAGAGUGUGUUGAAGUGUUUUUUAAAAGAGUUGAGAGAUCCACUUAUGGAAAUACAUGAAGCUGUGGACUUUGUAUUUAUCUCUUUCCACAGUUCCCUCUCACAAGGCUGAGAUCUUCUACUCUUGUAGACCAUCACUUUCAACUUGUAGGCAAGGUUUGUCUCUGGUGUGAUCUUUCUUCCUCUCUUGGUGAAGUGUUAACUGUCCCAUCUUUUACAGCAUUCUCCUCUGUAACCAGCUAUUCUCAGCCACCUGCUCCAUUCACUCUAGCUCUACACAUUCCCAACGCACCCCUCCCCAUCCAGAGUUCCUUAUGCGGGGUGUUGUUUUUCUGUGGCCGCAAUCUCUUCCCAGGUCUCCAACACUCACCCUGCCCCAACUGACAUUUGUUUCUGGAGAACCUUUUGGAAAGAUUGCAAGGAGUAGAGGAAGGAGAAGAAAGGCUGCAUUAAAAAAGAAGAAAAAAACACAUAGCACAUUAAUGCAGAUGGAGAAACUUCUUUCUGUCCAAGGUUUGUUUACUGUGUCAGCUUUACCAUGAACAAGAUACAAAGAUGGAGUAUUGUUUUCCCUUACUCUAGUCAUCCUACUUAGAAUAUUACAUACAUUUUCUGAUGGAUAGGGUCUUUUCACAAGUGCUUUCCCUUCCUUUUGUCCCUUUGCUGUGUAUGUUUGUGUAUGGCAUUUCGGAUUCCACAGCACCCACUUUCUGAGGCAUAUUCAAGUUUGAGUUCCCUUGGUAGACACAUUCCUACAUGAGCAGGAGCUAAUCAAUUUUGGCCAAUUGUAGGAUUUCACCCUACAAUUCUGGCAAUUCAAAAAGUAAUCUUUGCAAAAAAAUAUAAGUGCUUUUGUCCAGCUCUUUCUCAAACAGGAGGUAAGAGAUUAUAUCAGACAAACAUGAACGAGGGAAGAAUUACUGGUGUUUCUAACUCAUCCACUUAAAAUUUAUAUCCGUGAAGAACAUGUAAACAGAGUAAGUAUAUGGUGUUCUGAAAGCUUCUGCUAAAUUGAAGAGUAGCACUUUUCCUUGAUGUAUAUAGAAAGCCUGCAGAUGUUUGUAACAGUAUUACUAGAGAUUAAAACUUUAGCCAAAACUUCCACUGGCCUUUAGGCCAGAAAAGAAAGUAGAUGACUUGCCAGAAUGGCUUGUGAAAGUUUUGGUGCUUGAGGUACUACCUUUACGAAGAGGUCAAUUUCUCCACUCCAGUCUCUCCUUUGUUCACAUGGAGGAGUAGUUUUAUUAAUCUGCACCCCAAAGGCAGAGCGCAGCUGGGAUGUUAUUUGAGAAGGAGUUAUGCAGGAGGGUGCAUCUACUCCUGUGCUAUUCACAUUCUUUGCUUGGAGUGUGUGCAGCAUGUCCUAGUGAGGACCUUGUUCAGCAGAUAAAACAGAAGACAGCCCAAGGUUUUUAGCACAGAAGUCUAUACAUAGGAGGCAAGCUGCUUCCCUUUGGUGGCGACUCUGGGUCCUCCUAAACACAAGUUUCCAAAGUUGGUGACACUUCUAAAGAAGAGUCAGUGCACUCAUUCUCUUUAUCUAUCUUUUCCCACAACGAGAGUAGAGAAAUUAAGCCGAAUGUGCCUCUUGACCUGGCUACCUUUUGUCCAAGACGUCUUUUUCAGCCUUGCAGGCUUGUGGGUUUCGAAGGGGGGAGUUUUAAUAGCACUUUAAGCUCAGCUGGCCUGGCAGGUGCUGAAUCUGAGAAGUGAGAGAAACUGCUUAGGAACGUCACACUUAAAUCUUUGGGAUGGCUUGAAGUCUGCGGUACAAAAUAUAAAACGUCAUAAACCGAGCAGCAUUUAGAAUACUUCCUAUUUUUAAACAAAGAUGCUUAUUUUUUUAAAACAAAAUGUAGUGCAUAUCUUUCCGAUUCGCUUUUUGAAAGAAAGGUCUUGGUCUUGAUUCUGGUGCGAUUGUAACGUUGCCUUGCUUUUAACGUUGCUUUGCAAACUGUUUACAAGAGCCACCCUUGGAAACGAAGAUACCGUUUCCAGUACAGUGCCCCCUUUUCUCCUUGUUGGAUGUGACCAUGUCUUAGUGUAGAGAUGGGGAACAUUUGGUUCUCCAUCAGCCUAGCCAGCCCUGCCAAUGGUGAGUGAUGAUGGGCAUUGCAUUUCAACAUGUUCCUCAUCUCUCUUUCAGCUUUACAUUGGCGCAUUUGCUAGCCACACCUGUGGCUUAGAAAGCUUGUGUUCCUGAUGUGGGCUACUGGUGUGGAGGAGGCCGCGGCUGUAUUUGCACUGGCCCUCUUAAGCCCAGAUGCUGCAAACUAACAUGUAGCUCCCGAUUUCUCUCUCUCUCUUUUUCUUGGAGAACGUUUCUUAUUGACAUUUAAAUGUAAGGUAAACUGUACAUAUAUACUGUAUAUCUGUGUAUUAUUGACUUUGAAGGUUUGUUAUUCUUGUAUGCUAAUGGACUGCAUGAAAUACUCUGUUAUCUGAUGUGACCCAAAAUAUCUAUGGAAGUCUCGUAUGGCUGUUUUAAACUGACAUCAAGUAUUUAGUUCAGAGAGACUUUACAGAGAUACCAGUCUCAAAAAUAAAAACAUAAAUUCUA